CGCAGAUAUUCAAAAUUGUCAUUUCACCUUGAGAGCCUGCUCGCAGGCUAACAGGUAUGCUGCGUAGCUGGCGGUUCUAAGGGGUUGGGAUUGAGACGCGGGCAGAAAAAAUAGAGAGGCGAGGCGCGGGAAAUCCGCCAGCUACACAUGCAGGCUGUAUAUAUUGGCCAGGCUACGGGUUUUAUAUUGAAGACACAGCUUAAAAAGUGAAAAAAUAUUAAUCUAAAUAUGUCGGUUGCGUUUAACCUUGGAACUUACGUGCAGAUUAUAGGUGAAAUGUCUGUAACGGAAGAAGUUUGAUUAAAAUUAAUAUUCUAGGUGUGGUUACGGCAGAGUUAAAGGAGGACUACGAGGGGAAACCCAGUCUUAUGAUUCAUCCAAAUGGUCCGAUGCAUUUUUUGAGUGAUGAUCUUUCAAGGGACCUUUCUGAAUCAGAUGGUAAGCAAACUGAUGCAUGAUUAGAAUUAAGCAAGAUCGAAAUAUGAUUUAUAUUUUAUAUUUUUUGGCCGUCGGUCUAAUUGUAAUUAUACUGGUAUAUUUUCUUUAUUUUUGUGGUUUCAGUUCAAGACGGUAUAUAGUCUCAGUUCAGGACGCAUAUAGCGCGCAAAUGUUAUACUCAAUCUGUUUGUUUUAUAGAUGACAUGCAUAAUCCAUGUGACUUUGAUGAUAAAAAUGAUCACCCACAUUUACGUGGCCCAACUUCAACAUGUCCGUCUCAUCGACGUAAGUAUUUCACAUUAUAUAUAUCAUUUCAUAUAUUUUGGGGUUUGUUAUAAAGUGAG